AUGCUCAACCACGUUCUUCUCCUCAAAAAUCCAGAUGAAAGUUCCCGACCCAUAUCAGUACGCGCUCUCACGGAAUGGUUUUACGACAAGCAUCAUAUCUACUCUAAUCCAUUCCUACAUCGUUUGGAUGGACUAACCGAUAUAAUCGCACAAGAAGGAGAAAAAUAUGGAGGGGUCAUUGUAACAUCAGGGCGAGCAGUCGAUGCAUGGGGUAAUGCGGCGAAAGAAGUACAGGAACAAGGCAAAUUAUCAUUUCCACUGCACUGCCCGACUGAUACUCAUCUUUGCUUAUACAGCUCAGUUGUCUGCGACCGAGAACCCUUCAUCAUGGGCUUUGAAGCCGUUUUAUGUUGUUGGCUCAAAGACAGAAAGAAAGCUUCUUGGCUGAAAUGGCUCAAUGCAUCCCCGAGCCGGAACUCAUGGGUGCCAAGGAGUCUGGAACGGGCGAGCUGCUCGCCAAGUUUAUGCAUUGAUUAUCCUACGCGCUCACGGCAGAGUCUACCUCUGUUAUAUCUGACGGGCGAUAAGAAUGCUGGAGGGGUCGGAAAGGGUUUGAAAGCAGGGGGUCUUGGGUUCAAGAUGGUGCAGGUUUAUGAGACCAGCGCGUCGACCACAUUUGAGGAGGAUUUCGAGGAAGGGGUAAAAGAGGGCAGUGAGUGA